CCACCCAGGACAUGGCGAGUAGGGCAGGUAACCCGCCCCCAUUGCCUUCCUACCAAGCGCAGACGUUUGGCCCAGUCACUCUAAAUGCAGUCGGUGAGCGCGCAGAAAGAGCAUUUCUGGAAGAAGGGGCUAGGGGGUCUAGCAGGGUGAUAAAGACGGAAAAUCUAGAGGGAUACCGGAGUAGCGUCCAGGAAUCCUGAAAAAUCGACAGAGAGAAUGCAGGGUGUCGCCCAGUACGGUGCAGACGGAAAAAUGAGGAAAUCGAGAAAAAUUUAGAGGCUGGAAAGAGUGCAAAACAACAAUCAAGGGGCUUUAGGUAGAGUCUGGAAGUCAGAGAAUCAAGUGAUAGCUUCCGAAUAGAAGAAGAAACAGGGAAGAAUCUAAAGCAGAAAAAGGAGGAGGCAGGAUAUCUCCCAAAUUUACUUAAAGCAAAAGGUCGCUUGGAUUUAAUACUUGGGAGCAAGGAAGUUCGAUGUGAUGAAUGGUGCUUCUAGCAAUUUACGAGCAGCUUUCUCCUAUUGUGUACAACAAGUGCGAAACUAUGACUACCAUCACUACCUCUGCCUCCUUGAACUUCCACCUAACAUGCGGAAGGCUGCAUUUGCACUUCGUGCCUUCAAUGUUGAAACUGCCAGAGCAAUGGAUGUUGCUUCUGAUCCCAGAAUUGGUCUCAUGCGCCUAGCAUGGUGGCAAGAUGCGAUUGACAAAAUCUUUUCUGGUAAACUAAUAGAGCAUCCAAUAGCUAAUGCUCUUUCCUCAGUAAUCUCUGAGUGUAAAAUUAGCAAGGUGUGGCUGAAACGGUCCGUUGAAGCUCGAAUCAAAGACGCAAAGAGGGAGGUUGUUGACAUACCUGAAACUAUUGGCGAGUUGGAGAAGUAUGCUGAAGACACUGUAUCAACUCUUCUUUACAUGACGCUUCAAGCGGGUGGAAUCAAGUCAACCACAGCUGAUCAUGCAUCUUCUCAUAUUGGUAAGGCUAGCGGUCUUCUUUUACUGCUCAAAUCACUGCCAUACCAUGCAAGCCGCAAUCGGCACUUCUCUUACAUACCAUUUGAAGUGGCAACGAAGCAUGGAUUGGUUGUUAAGGAAGGAGAUCGAUCAGAAAUUUGCCUAGACUCUCGUGAGGGGUUAUGUGAUGCAGUUUUUGAAAUGGCAUCUGUAGCUAAUACCCAUUUAGUAAAAGCACGUGAGCUAGCAAGCACUGUCCCUGCUGAGGCUCAUCCAGUGCUUUUGUCGUCGGUGCCUGCACAGGUGCUCCUGGACUCCCUAAGUAGGGUACAGUUUGAUGUGUUUGAUCCAAGGUUAGCCAGAGGGGUUUUGGGUAUUUCUCCAUUGUGGUACCAACUGAAACUCAAGUGGUAUUCAUGGAAUGGGAAAUAUUGAAAUCUUAUUUUCUAAUUUAGACAACCAUUUUUCAUGAGGUGAAGUAAAACAAGAGAUAUGAGUGGUUUCAGUA